AAGAAGAAAGAUAAAAUAAUUUCAACACUCAGGUGGCUGGCUCGCUCAUUCUCUCUCUCUCAUUCUCUGCUGAGUUUUCUGAGAUCUGAAUCUAAAAGGAAACACCAAAAUGCAGGAUCCACCAAGUCUGAAGCCGAACCCGGAUCCACCGGUUCCCUCCAAUGCAUCAUCCACCACCCCUUCUUUUCCCAACCCAACCACUUUCCGAGGCUCUUACCACAGGCGAGCCCAGUCUGAAGUUCAAUUUCGGAUCCCGGAUGACUUGGAUCUCGUUUCCGACCCUUUCGAAGGAAUGGGAUCCGAAGACGACUUGUUUUGCAGUUACAUGGAUAUUGAGAAGCUAGGGGGAUCAUCUAAGGGAGCCGAAGAAGGAGGGGGUGCUACUGGCUCUUCAACUGUUGGAUCCGCUCAUAAUCCCAAAGGAGAUGAAAUCAGUGGCGGGUCGGCGGGGAUGGGGGAGAAGACUAAUGAAGGUGGGAAAGGAAGGCAUAGGUAUAGUAAUUCAGUUGAUGGGUGCUCGCUAAUGGAGUCCAUUGAAGCUAAGAAAGCUAUGGCUCCUGAUAAGCUUGCUGAAUUGUGGACUAUUGACCCUAAGAGAGCCAAAAGGAUCAUCGCAAAUCGUCAGUCAGCUGCUCGCUCUAAAGAGAGAAAAGCCCGAUAUAUAUCUGAACUGGAGAGAAAGGUCCAAACACUUCAAACGGAAGCAACUACUCUUUCUGCGCAACUAACCCUUUUCCAGAGAGAUACAACAGGCUUGACUACUGAGAACACUGAGCUUAAGCUUCGGCUACAAGCUAUGGAACAGCAGGCUCAGCUACGUGAUGCUCUAAAUGAAGCACUGAAGAAGGAAGUAGAGAGGCUCAAGAUGGCUACCGGUGAAAUGUCUACACCCACAGAUAACUUUAACUUAGGAAUGCACCAUAUACCAUUCACCCAAUCUUCUUUCUUUCCUCCCCAGCCACAGCAAGUUGAAACCCAGAAUAUGCAAAUGCCACCAUUUCAUCCCUUGCAAUCUAACAUGUUGGCAUCUAAUCAGUCUAUGGUAGCUGCCUCUGGCCCACAUGCCUUUGCGGAUAUGAUGCAACAGGAUCCUCUUGGCCGAUUGCAGGGGCUUGAUAUCAGUAGCAGAGAUUCACACUUGGUGAAAUCUGAAGGCCCUUCAAUAUCUGCUGGUGAAAGUAGUGGAACAUUAUGAUACAAAUUUUGCUGAUCUACACCUUGCCCUGUCCUAUUUGUUGGGUUGUUCAUAGACUGACCUUGUUUGGGAUUUUUAGUUUUUUCUUUUUCUUUUUUUUUUUCCGUAGCUUUGCUAGUUCUUCAGUCCUUUAAGAUUCUUUCCUUGUGGCAUUCAACUCAAUUUUUUUGGAGCAAUGAUGUGGGAAUAGAAGUAUGAUCGUAGGAGUAGAUUAAUGGAGCACCUCAAACCAGCUGCUCCCAUUUCUAUUGUCUGUUAAAGUAUUGUUUAAAGUUGUAUUGCUGUUGAAUUUCUUCGAAAAUUGUGUUUUUGUUUCGGUCGAGGACUCUCUCCCUCACAAGAUGGAUUUGUGCGCAACUUGAAAUGUAUCCGGCUAUCGGAUUGCAAUGCCUUGAGUUUACCA